CCAGCCGUUUAAAUUUUGAGCAUUAAGACAACUUCUUGGUGAACAGCAAGAGGAAAUAUCAUCACAUGAUCAGUUAAAAAUAGUAAAUAAUAAUAAAGCUUUAUAAAAUUGGGGAAAUGCGACACAGGAAUCUAAUUGAGGAAGUCCACUGUUGUGCCUGUACAGUGUUGUGACACAGAGUACUGAGGAGCAGCCUGUAGUCUUCUCACUAUGGACCCCGCAAUCUUUAUUCUGCUUCUCAUUUUAGGUUGUCACUUAUCAAGGGGACAGGACAGAGUAGACGCAUCAGGAACGGUUUUGCUGUGAUUGCCUUUUGAUCCGUAUUUCAAUUAUUAUGAAAAGUUCUGCUGCAAAUUUUACCAAGGUGUUUGCCUUCCUUUUGUGGACAACAGAGGAUAUGCCGAUGACAUCUAUAAGGGAAGAAUAUCUCUAAUUGAAUACAGCGGAUGUAUGGAUGUGACAUUCUGGAAUUUACAAAAGUCAGACGGUGGACUGUACCGAUGUGCCAUAACUGAUUCACCCUAUCACGUUUACAAGGACUUCAUAGUUGUAAUACCAGGACCAAAACCUGGCCCUGACCCAGUUCCUCCUACCCGUGCUGCAACUGACCCCACCCCCACCGAGAAGACCACUCCCCAGACCACAACCACUACUACACCCACUCCUGUGGACCCCUCUCUGGAUGCUUGUCGUGUGGACAAAUUUGACACCAUCACUCUGAUCCAGCAGGAGCUGCACUUGUUCAAGGACGGCCAGUACUGGAAGGUGUCGCAGAAGAAAGGGAUCAAGGGUCCUUACCGCACCUCCGAGACUUGGCCUGCCCUCCCCUCCAUCAUCGACUCUGCCUUCGAGGAUCUGCUCACUAAGAAACUCUACUUCUUCUCAGGGCGCCGGGUGUGGGUGUACACUGGGAGCAGCAUGCUGGAGCCCCACAGCCUGGAGAAGCUGGGCCUGCCUGGCAGCCUGGAGCGUGUGGAGGGAGCCCUGGAGAGGGGCAAGGGCAAGGCCCUGCUCUUCAGCGGGGAGAAAUACUGGAGGCUGGACGUAAAAACGCAGACCAUCGACGAGGGCUACCCGCGCGAUGUAGACCAGGACUUUGGAGAUGUACCCAUCGAUGCUCACGAUGUCUUCCUGUACAAAGGACACACCUACUUCUGCCGUGAAGGUUUCUAUUGGAGGAUGAACUCCCAAAAGCAGGUGGACCAGGUUGGCUACAUCAAGUAUGACGUUCUGAAGUGUUCUGUCCCCUCCCACCGCCAUUGGUGAGGACGACUCCCCCCUUUGCAGAUCUCUUCAGAAUAAUUAACUGGCGUUCAGCAUUUUGUUACCCCUGUGGGACUUAACUGUGUCGUAUCAGCUGAAAAGCCUGACGAGACAGUUUGAGAAUGACACGUUGCACCUGCAAUUCCUGAGGUUUGAAACAUCGUCUUCGAUGAUAUGAAAUGGGAAUAUUUGGCCUCAUGCUCAAGGCUAUUUCAGAACAGUGGUAACCAACCCUACGUCCUGUAGGUUUUCACUCCCACUCUAGCAAAGCACACCUCUUUCAACAGCUAGAGGUCUUGUUCAGCUGCUUAUCAGUAGUGUGCCAAAUUAGGGUUGGAAUGAAAACCUGUUUGAUCUCCAGAAACAGGGUUGGUUACCAAUGUUUCAGAACAUAGCACUUGAAAUAAAAUAGUUUUUUAUCUGUUCUUUUAAAGUCAAGAUUUUGUUGUGUGUCACUUUGAAAGGUACAGUGACACAUUACCACAUACUUUUUUUGUAUUGUUUUGCACAAUUAUAUAUCACUGUGAUUUAACAGUGGACAUUGCCUGUCACAACCAUCAGGCUCUCUGGUUGGUCACAAAAACAAUGCACCAUAAUAUGUGAAUGAACUUUUUUCUCACAUACUACCACAUGUCUGAUUCAUGGCAAUAUUAAGUAUUUCUAAAUUUAUACAUGUGACCAAAUAUGUGUUUUUGGAUGAAACACAAAGACCAAAGAGCAAAAAUAAUUCAAAUCUGUGAAUAACAAUUUCGCAAUAAUGUUGCAAAUUAUUAAUCUGACUAUCAUUGACAUUUUCAGUAGUGGUGAGAAAGUUAAAUCAUCAAUUCUUACAAAUAUGUACCUACAUGUUGAUUAAUAAUUCUUAUUGUUUGUACUGGAAUUAAAGUUUCUAAUUCAGCAGACCGAAUUCUCGGUCUGUUUCUACUGCUUUUAACCUGUUUGCCUGGAGCAAACUCAUAAGUCAUUUGUGUCUGCUUUGAAAGCCUUGAUUAUUUAAAUUGUUUAUUUUAUAUUAUUUGAGUCUUAUCAUAAGCAUUUAUUCUUGUUAUGCUCAUGAAAUGAAAACUGCCUCAAUGCACUGGAAGGCACAUUAGAAUCUCAGUCCAACAUUAAGUUAUUUUAUAGCUCAAGGGAAAUGUUGUCACUAUGUAGAACUGCAAGUUCAAUAAACAAGCCAUUUAAAUAC